AAGCCGCAGACGCGCUGUGCGCUGUGCGGAGAGUCCUCGCGCCUGGCCGCGGUUUUCUUCCCGGAGCCAGCGAGCCGCAACGACGGCGAGAUGCGAGGCGGCGGCACUGGCGUCGCGCUCCUGGCCUCUGUGCUCUGGGUCGCCGCGCGGUGCCAGCAGAGAGGCCUGUUUCCUGCCAUUCUCAAUCUUGCCAGUAACGCUCACAUCAGCACCAAUGCGACCUGUGGGGAGAAGGGGCCUGAGAUGUUCUGCAAACUGGUGGAGCACGUGCCCGGUCGACCUGUGCGGAACGCGCAAUGCCGGAUCUGUGACGGCAGCAGCGCCAGCCCCAAAGAACGCCAUCCAAUAUCAAAUGCGAUAGAUGGCACCAAUAACUGGUGGCAAAGUCCCAGUAUUCAGAACGGGAGAGAAUAUCACUGGGUCACAAUCACUAUGGACUUAAGACAGGUUUUUCAAGUCGCCUAUGUCAUCAUCAAAGCUGCUAAUGCCCCUCGCCCCGGAAACUGGAUUUUGGAGCGUUCUCUGGAUGGCACCAACUUUAGCCCCUGGCAGUAUUAUGCAGUUAGUGACACGGAGUGUUUGACUCGUUACAAUAUAACCCCAAGACGGGGGCCACCCACUUACAGGGCCGAUGAUGAAGUGAUCUGUACCUCGUAUUAUUCUAGGCUGGUGCCACUGGAGCAUGGAGAGAUUCAUACAUCCUUAAUCAAUGGCAGACCAAGUGCUGAUGAUCUUUCCCCCAAGUUGUUGGAAUUUACUUCUGCACGAUAUAUCCGCCUUCGCCUACAGCGCAUCAGAACCCUCAAUGCUGAUCUUAUGACCCUCAGCCACCGUGACCCUAAAGACCUGGAUCCUAUUGUGACAAGACGAUAUUACUACUCAAUAAAAGACAUUUCUGUUGGAGGAAUGUGUAUUUGUUAUGGCCAUGCUAGUAGCUGCCCAUGGGAUGAAAGUACAAAGAAACUACAGUGUCAAUGUGAACAUAACACCUGUGGACAGAGCUGCAGUAGCUGUUGUCCUGGAUACCAUCAGCAGCCCUGGAGGCCCGGGACCAUUUCUUCUGGUAACAUGUGUGAAGAAUGUAAUUGUCACAAUAAAGCCAAAGACUGUUACUAUGACGAAAGUGUUGCAAAUCAGAAGAGAAGUUUGAAUACUGCUGGAGAGUUCAGAGGAGGAGGGGUUUGCAUAAAUUGCCUGCAGAACACCGUGGGAAUCAAUUGUGAAACCUGUAUCGAUGGAUAUUAUAGACCACACAAAGUGUCUCCUUAUGAGGACAACCCUUGCCAUCCUUGUGACUGUGACCCUUUGGGGUCCUUCAGUUCUGUGUGUAUUAAGGAUGAUCUCCAUUCUGAUUUACACAAAGGGAAAUGGCCAGGUCAAUGUGCAUGCAAGGAAGGUUAUGCAGGAGAAAAAUGCGAUCACUGCCAAUUUGGCUUUAAGGGUUACCCAGCUUGUGUCCGCUGUGACUGUAGUCCAGCUGGCAGUGUGAAUGAGGACCCAUGCUCGGAGCCGUGUCUCUGUAAGGAAAAUGUUGAGGGGAAACACUGUGAUCACUGCAAGCCAGGAUUUUAUAACUUGAAGGAAAGAAACCCCCAGGGCUGCUCUGAGUGCUUCUGCUUUGGUGUUUCCGAUGUCUGUGACAGCCUUUCUUGGUCCAUCGGUCAGGUGAAAGACAUGUCCGGGUGGCUGGUCACAGACUUGAUCAGUCCAAAUAAGAUCCCGUCUCAGCAGGACGUGCUGGGCGGACAUCAUCAGGUCAGCAUCAACAACACGGCGGUCAUGCGCAGGCUGACUUCCAAGUAUUAUUGGUCAGCCCCGGAGGCUUACCUCGGAAAUAAGCUGACUGCAUUUGGCGGAUUCCUGAAGUACACGGUGUCCUAUGACAUUCCUGUGGAAACGGUGGACAGUGACCUCAUGUCUCAUGCCGAUGUUAUCAUUAAGGGAAAUGGACUUACUUUAAGCACCCAGGCUGAGGGCCUGUCAUUGCAACCUUAUGAAGAGUACUUGAAUGCGGUUAGACUUGUGCCUGAGAACUUCCGGGAUUUUAAUAACAAAAGGGAGAUAGAUCGGGAUCAGCUGAUGACUGUCCUUGCCAAUGUGACACAUCUCUUGAUCAGAGCCAACUAUAAUUCUGCAAAAAUGGCUCUUUACAGGUUGGAGUCUGUCUCUCUGGACAUAGCUAGCCCUAAUGUCAUAGACCUGGCACUGGCCACUGAUGUGGAGCACUGCGAAUGUCCCCAAGGCCAUGCAGGGAUCUCUUGUGAGUCCUGCCUCUCUGGCUAUUACCGCGUGGAUGGAAUACUAUUUGGAGGAAUUUGUCAGCCCUGUGAAUGCCACGGCCAUGCAGCUGAGUGUAGCAUUCACGGCGAUUGCUUUGCGUGCGAACACAACACCACCGGGGACCAUUGUGAGCAUUGCCUGCCUGGCUUCUAUGGACUGCCUUCCCGUGGGACUCCCGGGGACUGCCAGCCUUGUGCCUGUCCCCUCUCCUCCGCCUCCAACAAUUUCAGCCCCACCUGCCACCUACAUGAUGGAGAUGAAGUAGUCUGUGACCAGUGUGCCCUGGGAUACUCAGGAACUUGGUGUGAGAGAUGUGCAGACGGUUACUAUGGAAACCCAACAGUGCCUGGGGAAUCCUGUGUUCUGUGUAACUGCAGCGGCAAUGUUGACCCCUCGGAGGCCGGUCACUGUGACUCUGUCACUGGAGAAUGCCUGAGGUGCAUUGGGAACACGGAUGGUGCCCACUGUGAAAGGUGUGCUGACGGGUUCUACGGGGACGCUGUGACUGCUAAAAAUUGCCGUGCCUGUGACUGCCAUGGAAAGGGCUCCCUUUCUGGCAUCUGCCAUCCUGAGACGGGUCUCUGCGACUGCAAACCACAUGUGACCGGACAGCGGUGUGAGCAGUGCUUGUAUGGCUAUUACGGGUUGGACACAGGGCUUGGCUGCCUGCCCUGUAACUGCAGCACGAUGGGCUCCAUGUCGGAUGACUGCACGGAGGAAGGCCAGUGUCACUGUGUACCAGGUGUAGCUGGGAAGAGGUGCGACAGGUGUGCACGUGGCUUCUAUGCAUUCCAGGACGGUGGCUGUACACCCUGUGCCUGUGCUCGCACUCAGAAUACAUGUGACCCAGCGUCGGGGGAGUGCAUCUGCCCCCCUCAUACUCGAGGCGUAACAUGUGGAGAAUGUGAGGACAAGUACUGGGGCUACGACCUGGAGCACGGAUGCCAGGCCUGCAAUUGCAGCAGUGAAGGGUCAGCCAGUCCUCAGUGCAAUGUGCUCACUGGCCAUUGCCAAUGUCAGCCUGCAUUUGCUGGACCGAGCUGUCAUCAGUGCUCCCUUGGCUUCAGAGACUUUCCAGACUGUGUGGCCUGUGACUGUGACCUGAGAGGGACAUUGGUGGACACCUGUGAUGAGGAACAGGGUGUUUGCAGUUGUGCAGAGAAAACUGGUACCUGCUCUUGCAAGGAAAAUGUCCUUGGCCUUCAGUGCAGCGAGUGUCGAGCUGGCACCUACGCUCUCCAUGCUGACAACCCUCUGGGGUGCACCCCGUGCUUCUGCUUUGGGCUGUCACAACUCUGCUCGGAGGUGGAGGGUUACGUGAGGAUGCCAGUAACUCUGGGCUCAGAUCAGCCUCUUCUGCGUGUGGUUUCUCAGAGUAACCUCAGGGGUACGACUGAGGGGGUGUAUUACCAGGCCCCUGAUGUCCUCCUGGACGCCGUGACCGUCAGGCAACAUGUCCAUGGAGAACCAUUUUACUGGCGGCUGCCAGGGCAGUUCCAGGGAGACCAGCUCAUGGCCUAUGGUGGCAAACUGAAGUACAGCGUGGCCUUCUAUUCCUCCAAUGGCAUGGGGACCUUCAACCUCGAGCCUCAAGUGCUCAUCAAAGGAGGCCAGACCAGAAAGCAAGUCAUUUAUAUGGAUGCGCCCGCACCAGAGAACGGAGUGAGACAAGAGCAAGAAGUGGGAAUGAAAGAGAAUUACUGGAAAUAUUUUAAUUCCGUUUCUGAAAAACCUGUCACACGCUCAGAUUUUAUGUCUGUUCUUAGCAACAUUGAGUACAUCCUCAUCAAAGCAUCUUAUGGCCAAGGAUUACAGCAAAGCAGAAUCUCAAACAUUUCAAUGGAGGUGGGCAGGAAGGCUGAAGAGCUGCACCCAGGGAGGGAGGUGGCCUCCCUGUUGGAGAAGUGUCUCUGUCCUCCCGGCACAGCUGGACUUUCAUGUCAGGACUGUGCACCUGGUUACUACAGAGGGAAGCUUCUGGAAAGUGUUGGCAGGGGAUCUCGCCCUCUGCUUGCUCCCUGUGUGCCCUGCAAUUGCAACAACCACAGUGACAUCUGUGACCCUGAAACAGGAACGUGUCUGAACUGCAGCGAUAACACUGCUGGUGACCACUGUGAUACGUGUGCCCCUGGGUACUAUGGGAAGGUGACUGGUUCAGCCGGCGACUGCUCUCUGUGCACCUGUCCUCACAGCCAUCCUGCCAGUUUUAGUCCCACUUGUGUCUUGGAAGGUGAUCAUGGUUUCCGCUGUGAUGCCUGUGUUACGGGCUAUGAAGGACGGUAUUGUGAAAGGUGCUCCUUGGGCUAUCAUGGGAACCCCCGAAUGCCAGGUGGCACUUGCCAGAGGUGUGACUGCAGCCCGCGUGGCUCUGUUCAUGGUGACUGUGACCGCAGGUCUGGCCAGUGUGUCUGCAGGCCGGGGACCUCAGGGCUGCGAUGCGAGGAGUGUGAACCCAGGCACAUUCUGGUGGAAAGCAAUUGUAUCUCCUGUAAUGAUGAAUGUGUAGGUGAGCUGUUGAAUGACUUAGACAGUAUCGGCAAUACCAUUCUUUCUGUGAACCUCACCGGCGUUAUUCCCGUCCCAAGUGGAAUUUUGUCACACCUGGAAAAUAGAACUAAGUAUCUCCAGGAGUCUUUAUUAAAAGAAAAUACUCAAAAGGAACUGGUAAAAAUUCAACUUGAAGGUGUUGUAGAACAAACAGAUGACCUGCAAAGGGAGCUCAAUAGAGUGUUAACAAGUAGCCAACAUGUGACCAGGGCGACUGAAAGAAUCCUCACCAAGAGUCAAGACCUCAUAACAUUUACUGAGAAGCUGAAGAUAAGCAUUCAAGAAAUUAUUAAAAAGGCAAUGACUCUAAAUCGGACCUUGGAUGAAGAUGUCCAGAUACCCAGUUCUACUCUUCAGAUAUUGCAGAAGAACAUUACAUCUUUGCUGGAAACGAUACAGAAAAGGCAUUUCAUACAGUUGCACCAAAAUACCACACUUGAGCUCAAGGCUGCUGAAGAUUUAUUGUCUCAAAUUCAGAAAAAUUACCAGAAGCCACAGGAAGAAUUAAAGGUAAUAAAAGAAGCAGCAAGCAGCCUCCUUUCCAAACGCAACAAUGAACUGCAGGCAGCAGAAGACUUCCUGAAGAAAGCUGAGGGGGAGACACAGGAAAGCAACCGCCUGCUGCUUAUUGUCAGUGCCAGCCUGCGAGAGUUCAGUGAUAAAAAGCUGCGUGUUCAAGAAGAACAAAACUUGACGUCAAUGCUAAUCACCAAAGGAAGAGGCUUGCUAGAUGCUGCCACUGCGCGUGCAAAGGCUGCACAAACUGCUGUAGCGCACUUAGAGCAUCACCAUGAUGAGCUACUUUUAUGGACUGCCAAAAUCAGGCACCAUGUGGAUGAUCUGGUUAUGCAGAUGUCCAAAAGAAGAGCACUUGACCUUGUCUACAGAGCCGAGGAUCAUGCAGCUGAGCUCCAGAGAUUAGCAGGCACUUUGGACAGUGGCCUUGGAAAUGUUAGACAUGUGUCCCUGAAUGCAACCAGUGCGACCCACAUCCAUUCCAACAUUAGGAGCCUGAUUGAAGAAUCAGAAAAAUUGGCAAAAGAUGCUCUCAGAACUGGGACUGAGGCAAUCUUGUCCUCAGAAUCCCUCGUGUCUAAUGGGAAGGUGGUUCUCCAGCACAGUUCCAAAUUUCUGAAAGAAGGCAAUAACCUGAGCAGAAAGCAUCAAGGUAUCACGUUGGAACUGAGAGAAUUGAAAAAUACAGCAAACACAUUUCAAGAGAAUGCUGAUAAAAUUACUAGGCAGACCAAUGAAUCACUCUUGAUUCUUAGAGCAAUUCCUGAAGGUGUCAGAGACAAGGGAGCCAAAAUCAAAGAGUUGGCCAUAUCUACCAAUGAGAGUUCUGUGAGCACGCUAAAGAACGUUGUGGGACUGAGUCAGAAGCUGUUGAACACAUCGACGGACCUGUCCAGGGUCAAUGCCACGUUGCGAGAAACAAAUGAACUUCUGCGGGACUCUACAAUGACCACUCUGUUAGCUGGAAGAAAAGUUAAAGAUGUGGAAACACAAGCCAACCUUUUAUUUGAUCGGUUGAAGCCUUUGAAGAUAUUAGAAGAGAACCUAAGCAGAAACCUGUCAGAAAUUAAACUGCUGAUCAGCCAGGCCCGGAAACAAGCAGCUUCUAUUAAAGUUGCUGUGUCUGCAGACAGAGAUUGUAUCCGAGCCUACCAGCCUCAGAUUUCUUCUACUAACUAUAACACCUUAACACUAAAUGUCAAAACAAGCGAACCCGAUAACCUUCUCUUCUACCUCGGUAGCAGCACCAGCUCUGAUUUCCUGGCAGUGGAGAUGCGACGAGGCAAAGUGGCCUUCCUCUGGGAUAUGGGCUCCGGCUCAGCACGGGUGGAAUUUCCAGACUUCCCAAUUGAUGACAACACGUGGCACAGUAUCUACGUAACCAGAUUUGGAAACAUUGGUUCAUUGACUGUAAAGGAAAUGAGCACAACUCAAAAGCCACCACCAAAGACAAGUAAAUCCCCAGGAGCAGCUAAUGUGCUGGAUAUAAACAACUCAACACUAAUGUUUGUUGGAGGGCUUGGAGGACAGAUCAAGAAGUCUCCUGCUGUGAAGGUUACCCAUUUCAAAGGCUGUAUGGGAGAGGCCUUCUUGAAUGGACAAUCAGUUGGUCUCUGGAACUAUAUUGAAAGAGAGGGCAAGUGCCAUGGCUGCUUUGGCAGCCCCCAGAAUGAAGACUCUUCCUUCCAUUUUGAUGGGAGUGGGUAUUCUGUUGUGGAGAAGACGCUCCGGGCCACCGUGACACACAUAAUUAUGCUUUUUAGUAGCUUUUCACCUAACGGGCUUCUUCUCUACCUUGCUUCAAAUGGCACCAAAGACUUUUUAUCCAUCGAGCUGGUCCACGGCAGAGUUAAAGUUACAGUUGACCUGGGCUCAGGGCCUCUUGCCCUUGCUACAGACCGACCUUAUAACAAUGGAACCUGGUACAAAAUCGCCUUCCAGCGAAACCGGAGGCAAGGACUCCUAGCAGUUAUUGAUGCAUAUAACACUACUUAUAAGGAAACCAAACAAGGUGAAACCCCAGGACCAUCUUCUGACCUCAAUCGUCCUGAUAAGGAGCCAAUUUAUGUGGGUGGAAUACCUAGGUCAGGAGUUGUAAGGAAAGGUGUCACCAGCAAAAGCUAUGUGGGCUGCAUCAAAAACCUAGAAAUAUCCAGAUCAACCUUUGAUUUACUCAGAAAUUCCUAUGGAGUGAGAAAAGGCUGUACACUGGAGCCUAUCCGAAGUGCUAGCUUCUUGAAAGGCAGCUACAUUGAAUUGCCACCCAAGUCUUUGUCACCAGAAUCAGAAUUGUUGGCGACGUUUGCCACCAGGAACAGCAGUGGCAUCAUCCUGGCUGCCCUUGGCAGGCAUGGUGACCAGGAGGGUCGUCGGCAGACCCAUAGGCCCUUCUUUUCCAUCCUGCUGACUGAAGGCCACGUGGAAGUGCAUGUCAAUUUUGGAGAUGGAAUGAGCCUGAGAAGAGCUCUCUUGCAUGCUCCCACGGGCACAUACGCCGAUGGACAAGAGCAUUCUGUCUCCUUGAUAAGGAGCGGGAGAAUUAUCACUGUCCAGUUGGAUGAGACAAAUCCUAUAGAAAUGAAGUGGGGCCCAUCAGUGGAAAGCGUGGCAAUAAAUGUGUCCAAACUGUACAUAGGGGGCAUUCCAGAGGGUGAGGAGACAUCCAUGCUCAAGAUGGGAAGAUCAUUCCAUGGCUGUGUCAGAAACCUCAUCUUUAACAUGGAGCUUUUGGAUUUCACUAAUGCAGUUGGCUAUGAACAAGUGGACUUGGACACCUGCUUGCUUUCAGAAAGGUCUAAGCUGGCUCUUCAUGGAGAGGAUGAUGGCAAGCUCUCACCAGAGCCCCACCCUUUACCAAGUCCACAUCAGUGUGCCGUGGAUAGAGCCCCAGAGUAUGUCCCCAACGCACACCAGUUUGGUCUCGUGCAAAGCAGCCAUUUUGUCCUGCCUUUCAAUCAGCUGGCUGUUAGAAAGAGGCUCUCGGUUCAGCUAAGGAUCCGAACGCUUGCCUCCAGUGGUCUGAUUUACUACAUGGCUCACCAGAACCAGGUGGACUACGCCACACUCCAGCUGCACGGGGGCCACCUCCACUUCCUGUUUGAUCUUGGGAAAGGCAGAACAAAGGUCUCUCACCCUGCGCUGCUCAGUGAUGGCAAGUGGCACACGGUCAAGACAGAGUACUUUAAAAGAAAGGGCUUCAUGGUGGUUGACGGCCAGGAGUCCCCCAUGGUGACCACAGUGGGAGAUGGCACCACAUUGGAUGUGGAAGGGAAGUUGUACCUGGGAGGCCUCCCCUCCGAAUACAGGGCCAGGAACAUUGGAAAUAUCACCCACAGCAUCCCCGCUUGCAUUGGGGAGGUGACGGUGAACAGCAAACAGCUGGAAAAGGGCAGCCCAGUGUCUGCAUUUGCAGUAACCAGGUGCUACGCAGAGGCCCAGGAAGGAACUUACUUUGAAGGAAGUGGAUAUGCAGCUCUGGUCAAAGAAGGCUACAAAGUCCGAUCAGAUGUGAACAUCACACUGGAGUUUCGGACCUCCGCAGAGAAUGGCGUCCUCCUGGGGAUCAGCAGCGCCAAAGUGGAUGCCAUUGGAUUAGAGAUUGUGAAUGGCAAGCUCUUGUUUCAUGUUAACAAUGGUGCUGGUAGGAUAACAGCCACAUAUGAGCCCAAAGCCACCAACAGUCUCUGUGAUGGAAUGUGGCACACCCUGCAAGCUCACAAGAGUAAACACCGUGUGGUUCUGAUCGUCGACGGGAAUGCCGUUCACGCCGAGAGUCCACACACCCAGUCCACCUCAGUGGACACCAAUAAUCCCAUUUAUGUCGGCGGCUAUCCUGCGGAUGUAAAGCAAAACUGCCUGAGCAGCCAGACUUCCUUCCGGGGGUGUUUGAGAAAGCUCACUCUGGCUAAGGGCCCUCAAGUCCAAUCCUAUGACUUCAGCAGAGCUUUUGACCUGCAGGGAGUUUUCCCUCAUUCCUGUCCUGGGACUGAGCCCUGAACUUCAGGGAAACUCCUCAAUUGGGAAUCAUUGCUUAUAUUUUCAAGAGAAUUCUUUUUGUUUAUUAAAAUCUCUUCAAUUCAGAUUUCAUUUCCAACUCAGGUUAAGUGUUUGCACAGAGAGAUUUUGUGUUAUGUUAAACUAAAACUACAUGUACAACAAAUACCUCUAUUAAAUAGUUUAAAAUGU